AUGGGAAGAAUAAAGAAGAAAGGAACGGCUGGUCAAGCCAAGAAUUUCAUUACCAGGACUCAGGCAGUGCGUAAGCUUCAAGUAUCGCUACCAGACUUCCGACGCCUAUGCAUCUACAAGGGCAUAUAUCCUCGAGAACCUAGAAGCAAGAAGAAGGCUUCCAAAUCUUCCACUCCCUCUACCACCUUCUACUAUACGCGAGACAUUCAGUACCUCCUACAUGAGCCGCUCCUCGCCAAGUUCAGAGACCAUAAAGCGCUGGCAAAGAAGAUCUCACGGCAUCUAGGUCGUGGCGAGGUUGGAGAUGCUGCACGUUUGGAAAAAAAAGGAGCGACGAAGCUCUCGCUUGAUCAUAUCAUCAAGGACAGAUACCCGACGUUUGUCGACGCUCUCCGCGACCUCGACGAUGCAUUGUCCCUGCUGUUCCUCUUCGCCAACUUGCCAUCCACGUCCACUGUCCCACCUAAAACCAUAGCUCUUUGUCAAAGAUUAUGCCUCGAGUUCGAACACUACUUGAUCACAACAAACUCGCUGCGGAAAUCAUUCCUUUCUAUCAAAGGCAUUUACUACCAAGCCACGAUACAGGGCCAAGAUAUACUAUGGCUGGUGCCAUAUAAAUUCGUACAGCGAGUGACCGGGGAUGUGGAUUUUAGAAUAAUGGGUACGUUUGUGGAAUUCUACACGACUCUGCUCGGCUUUGUCAACUUCCGAUUGUACACAACUAUUGGUCUUAUCUAUCCUCCAAGGUUCAAUGCGAAGAGCUAUGAGCAAGGAGGCGAGUUGAAUGCAAUUAUUCUAGAGGGAAGGGGCAUUGAAGAGCCCAAACAGAUCGAGUCGUUUAAGGGACAUGUCAAUGGUGAGGUGGACGGAGGGACGGUGCCAACAAAAGCGAAUGAAGAAAUCCAAAAGCAGAUUGCUACCAUCAAGGAGGGUCCAAACGCAGAGCUGGACGUUUUAGAGGGCCAAGACCAAUACCAGGCUUUAGACCAGGAAAUGAACGACGCUAUUGAUACCUUCGAGACCACUGGAGACGACGCAGAUGUGCUCCCACAGCCCCAAGCCGGCGGCAAUGAAGCUGGCUCACUCUUCGCACCAUUCACAUUCUUCCUGUCUCGAGAGACACCUCGGCAGCCACUCGAAUUCAUUCUUCGUGCUUUUGGUUGUAAGCGAAUAGGUUGGGAUGCCAUUCUGGGCGAUGGCGCCUUCACGACCAACGAAGCCGAUCCAACCAUCACGCAUCAAAUAGUCGACCGUCCGCCCAUGGCAAGCCUUCCCGAAGAGCUGCAAGUCUCCGAGAGUCCUUCAGAUCCACCGCCCACAACCGUCGUGAGGCCUGGGUACCGAGUACCCGGCCGAACAUUAGUUCAGCCUCAGUGGGUAUGGGACUGCAUCAACCAAGUCAAGCUUCUGCGACCCGAUCUGUACGCACCAGGCGCGACCCUACCUCCACACCUUAGUCCAUGGGUCAAGCCGACAAAGGGCGCCUACGACCCGAGCGCGCCUUUAGCGGAGCAGGAACGCGAAGGCGAAGCAGAGGAAGCUGAAGGCUUCUCCGACGACGAAGACGAAGAAGCGCAGGAGGAGGACGUGGAGAAAUCCGACGACGCUGCCGCAGACGGCGUAGCACUUGCCCCCUCGGCAUCAACACCAGCAACAGCCGAUCUCCAGGACGACCACGGCAUGACCAUCGCCGGCAGCGGGUCCGAAUCCGAGCCCGCCUCCGAAGCCGACUCCUUCGCAGGUUUCGACUCCGCCCCAGAAUCCGACACCGACCCGACCCUCACGCAGCACCAACGCGAGCUCGAAGCCGAAGCCGCUGGCCUCAACUUCUCCGAAACGCUGACCAAAGCCAACGGGCAGCCCGUAAAGGGGAUCUUGAAAGGCAGUGGCAAAGGAGACGAGGCGCGGAAGAAGGCGGCGAAGAAACGGAGGGAGGAGGAAGAGGAGUUGGAGAGGAGGAAGAUGAUGAUGGGCCGGAAGAAGCGGAAGGUGUUGGACAAGAUGUUGUAUUCGAACCGGCAGAAGGAGGGGGAGGCGGAGGCGUUGAGGGCGAAGAGGAGGAAAAUCGAGGCUAGGAGGGGGUAG